AGCAACGGCGCUUGCAGGAGCUUCGGCAGCAGCUGCGGCCAGCCUUGGCGAGCCAACGCCGCGACCUGUUGCCGCCGCCGCCACCACAGCCGCCGCCGACAUGCUGAGCCCCAAGAUGCAGCGCACCGUGCGCGUCAACGACAGCCAGCUGGUGAUGCUGUCCGAGCGCGCCCACUACGACCACAACAUGACCGGCUACCUCUACAAGAAGACCGCCGACAGCACCAAAUGGCAGCAGCGCUGGUUCGUCCUCUACCAGAACCUGCUCUUUUACUACGAGUCGGACACGUGUAACAGGCCAUCGGGAGUGCUCCUGCUGGAAGGCUGUUACUGCGAGCGACUCAUCACGGCCGGAUCGGCGGCCAAGAACAAAGACGGCACCGACAACAAACAGUACUGUUUCGCGAUAUCGUACCGGCGGGAGAACCAGCGUCAGUACGAGUUGCGGGCCAACAGCGAAACCGACUGCAAAAUGUGGAUCGAGGCCAUCAGAGAAGCAAGUUUCAACAAGCUGCUGCUGCAGAAAGAGGAAUUGGAGCAGAAGCACUUGCACCUCCUCCAGAUUGUCGAGAGCGAAAAAACGGCCAAGUGGCAGUACACCCAGCAGUGCGAGGAGCUGGCCUCUGAAAUCAAAAAGCUGCGAGCGGAGGUGAGAUUUGAACUGUGCGCGCUGAAGCGGGAAUGGCGUCCAGUGCCGGUGAAGCAGACGAGCCUGGCCGGCCCGACGAAGGAGGCCGACGAGCUGCGCAAAAUAAAAAAGGUGCAGAGCUUCUUUCGUGGCUGGCUGUGCCGGAGACGCUGGAAGCAGAUAGUCGAGGAGUACAUCAAGUCGCCGCACGCCGAGAGCAUGAGAAAACGCAACAGCCUCGUUUUCCGGAUGGUGGAGGCGGAGGAGGAGUACAUGGAGCAGAUGGAGGUGCUGGUUUCGUGUUUCCUGCGACCCUUCCGCAUGGCGGCCAGCUCGAAGAAGCCGCCAUGCUCGCACGAGGAUGUCAACUCGAUCUUCCUGAACAGUGAGACCGUGCUUUUCCUGCACCAGAUCUUCCUCAAGGGGCUGACCUCGCGCAUGGAAAGUUGGCCAACGCUCGUUCUUGGAGAUCUCUUCGACAUGCUGCUACCGAUGCUGAGCAUCUACCAAGAGUACGUCCGCAACCACCACUACAGCCUGCAGGUGCUGACCGAGUGCAAGCAGUCGCCGGCGUUUGCCGCCCUGCUCGCCCGCCUCGAGAACAAGCCCGCCUGCCAGGGCAGGUCGCUCGAGACCUUCCUCACCUACCCCAUGCACCAGGUGCCUCGUUACAUAAUAACGCUGCACGAGCUGCUGGCGCACACGCCGCACGACCACGUGGAGCGGAAGAGUUUGGAAAAUGCUCGGCGGCAGCUGGAGGAUCUCUCACGUCAAAUGCACGAUGAGGUGAGCGAGACGGAAAAUCUGCGGAAAAACUUGGCAGUAGAGCGGAUGAUCGUCGAGGGGUGCGACAUUCUGCUGGACGUGAACCAAGUGUUCGUGCGACAAGGAUGUCUGAUCCAGGUGCUGAACGACAAGCAGAGGUCGCAGCGCAGUCGGCUCACUAAUUUCAAAACUGAAAAGGAGGCGCUCCGGCAGUGUUUCUUGUUUUCCAAUCAUCUCAUCCUCGCGACCAGGACAUCUGGAGGGCGUCUGCACUUGCUGCCGGACAUCGGCAAAAUCCCUCUGGCUGACGCCGUGCUGAUCGAGGACCCGAGCGAGUCGAGCGCUGCAACAGACGAUGACGGUAUGGCAUCCUCCACGGCCCAGUCGCCCCAACAUCUACUCAAGCCCGCCUCCACGCGGGAACCAGGUGCUUCAGUGUGCUCAGCGUCGAGUCAGUCGAGCGGCACGAGUGAGAGCAGCGCCAACACAGGCACGUCUCACCUGACUCCGGGUGGCGCCCACAAGCUCUCAGACUUCAACAACAGGGACUUCAAGAUCGUGCUGGACGUGAAGAGCACUUCGUCGGGCAUCGGCGCCUCUCAGGGUUCCGCUGGCAGCCAGAUCACGGUCCACCUGGUCGCCUCUACUAUGCAGGAAAAGCAAGCCUGGAUCAGCGAUAUCAGUCAGUGCAUGGACAAUGUGCAUUUCAACGACCUGCUGCACGGCUCCAUGUCAGACACGUCGAGCGUGACGAUGCCACAGUCGAUUAAAAAUGACCCAAAGCUGUUCAAAGACGACGUUGACAUCCGCUUCAGCCGCACGCUCAACUCGUGCAAAGUGCCGCAGAUCAGAUACGCGACGCCGGAGCGGCUGCUCGAGCGACUCACCGACCUGCGCUUCUUGUCCAUCGACUUCCUCAACACCUUCCUGUUGACCUACCGAGUCUUCACCGACGGCGUCACCGUGCUUGAGGCGCUUAAACGCGUCUUUUACAGCGCCGAUCCGCCUGACCAGCCCUCGGCAGGGCCCGAAUCUUUUAUGGCAAUGGAAGGCAUCACGGGCAGGGAGGACCCAAACAUGCUGCACCUAUACGACACCGAGCGGCGACGAAGCAGUGCCCUUUCGCCGUGCCGAAGAACAAGUGGUGCCAGCUCCGUCUCAGAGUUGCUUUCAGGCUACGGCUCGGAGAUGAGCGACCGCGAUCGCAGCCACAGUUACGACUCGCAGGCGGGAGGGUACUCCAAAGGUCACUGGCGCUGCAGCUUCAGGAAAUUCGAAGAUGAGCAGACAACUGGGUUGCAAAAAAUACGCGAGGCAAGCGCAACAACAGAAGUCACGGUGAUCUCGUCGCCAGGCACACCUAGAAAAAGUGUCACCUUGAAAGUGGACCCUGAUGGCGAGGCAGAGCCACCUUGUGGCACAAAGUUCCUUACAAUUCCAAAGUCCAUCGCCGUCUCCUCAAGCUCAGAAACACUCACAGGUGACACUGUCACGAGCAUGCCCUCUUCGCCCGGCAACCUGAGCACGGUGACCUUGGUGGCAUCGAGCUCGGAGGACAGUGGCGAGUCGGACAAGACUUUGGCCGGCAGGCCCAUCAUCAAGUCGGAGAGCACGCAGUCUCCCACACAGCAUCCGCCACCGCCUCCAGAGAGGACGCUACCCGUGCGCCCACCAGAUCCACCUCCGCGACCUUCCAAGCCACCUGCAGUUCCUGCCAGGUCGUCUCUUUCGACGAGGAACGAGCGCUCGUCGGUGACUGAGUUGGAAGACCAGGACGAUGCAGAACUGGAAAGAGCUGCUGCCCUCAGGUCUUCUUCGAUUGGAACUGCCAAUGUUGCUUCCUCGUUCAUCCAGAGUUACUACGCUGGUCGUAGAUCUGUGGUUGACUCUGAAGGAGGCGGUACCGUGUCCCAGAGGGCGAGCUUCCAGCACGACUCGCCGCAAACCUCAAGCAAGGCUGGCGUGGUCAUCACCUCUUUCCGCCAGUCACAGAGAAGCAUUGGAAACGAACCGCUCUGGUCAAGCACGUCGUCGGCGGCGGCCGCGUUCGCCAUCGCCACCUCGGCCUCGAGCAACCCGAGGGACCACACGCCGGUCGUGCCCCCGAUGCAGAGGGCCUCCAGGUGCAGCGUCGGCGACGCCAUGAGUCUGCGUGGCAGCUGCAGAGACAGGAACCGCAGGAAGGAAUCAGUCAUGUCCACAGCGGCAACCAUGAGGGUGCUCAACGUGCUAAGACACUGGGUUUCCAAGCACGCUCAGGACUUUGAACUGGACCAGCGGCUGAAAUCGAUGACAAUCGAGUUCCUGGACGACAUCACAUACAGCCCAAACCUACUGCCAGCUGAACACAAAGCAGCAUCACAACUCCUGCGGCUCAUCACCAGAGAGGAGCCAGAGCAUGUCAAAGUGGAUUUGGAAGGGCUGCUGGCAGCUCCAAAGAAUCCUAGCAAGGAGAGCAUCGAGACUCUGUCCGCCCUGGAAAUAGCAGAGCAAAUGACGUAUUUGGACCACCAAAUCUUCAUAUCCAUCUGUAGCGAAGAGUUUCUGGGACAAGCGUGGAUGAAGCCAGACAAAAUCACAAAGGCACACCACAUUCUGCUGAUGACCAAACGCUUCAACGAGGUCUCCCGCCUAGUCGUCUCUGAAAUCAUCCGCAGGGACAACUUGGCGGCCAGAAUAGCUGCCAUAGAGAAGUGGGCCGCCGUAGCCGACAUAAGUCGUUGCCUGCACAAUUUCAACGGCGUCCUCCAAAUCUGCGCUGCUUUCACCAACAGUUCCGUAUUCCGCCUCAAGAAGACUUGGGAGAAAGUGUCGAAAACCACGAAGCAGUCUAUAGAAAAGCUGCAGACUAUUGUUUCGGCCGACGGCAGGUUCAGAAACUUGAGGGAUGCUCUGCACAGAUGCGAUCCUCCCUGCAUCCCCUACUUGGGCAUGUAUCUGACGGAUCUUUCCUUCAUCGAGGAGGGCACUCCAAACUUCACUGACGAGGGUUUACUGAAUUUCUCAAAAAUGAGAAUGAUCGCCCAUGUCAUACGCGAGAUCCGCCACUUCCAACAGACGCCGUACAAAAUCGAAUUGAUCUCCAAGGUGACCAACUACCUGCUGGACCCGAGUCUGCUGUUGGACGACGACCAGCUGUACAACAUGUCAUUGGAAAUUGAGCCACGCACCUCGAGAUUGGGCUCCGCGGCCACCAUCAGCCAGUGUCAGGACUCCAAUUAGGGGUCACGCCGCCUGAAUCAGCCCACUUUCAAACACAAGCACACACUUUAUACAAUAUACAAGCACAUCUAAUCAAAAUGAGACAAGAGUAAUAUUAAUCUGGAUCGUUACUACGACUGUCUCCUGUGCACUAGUGCGAGUUCUUGCUUUUGUUAAGCGCCAGCAUAGAACGAAACUCAAGGUGCGGAAAGCUAACUUUGUGCGAUGUUAUCGUGUCAUGUGCAAUUAGUAGAGUCGGACGAUUUAGACUAUUUUUCUGUUGUGCUUCUCGAUUGGCGUUUUCCAGAACCAAAAAGAUUUGGUCCCACAAGCACAAUAUGUGAUAAAGCGCGGCGCUUUCGCAGUCUUUGGUUGGUUUCUUUGAUUGUUGUGGUGCGUUAGCUGGCUAAUCGGCAUUUUCCGCCAGAAUUGUUGGGGAAUAUUUUCCAUCUGACCAGAAAAAGCUGUACAAUUUCUAGCGCGAUAAAAUGAGAUACUCUAUUUAUUAAACGCUGGCGUUGCAGAAAAAAUAUAUAAGUUUAGAAUACUCGGUGAAAUAUGGAAUUUAUGGAUGUUUCCUUAUUGUAAUUGAAUGAUGUUAUCUGAACCAGGAUUUUGCGCAUAUUAAUACAAGUAUUUUUUGACCAUUUUUCAAAUUAAUUCGAGCAAAAAAUUGAACAAGCAAGCCAUGUAUUCACUACAAUUUUCAAUUGCGACUGAUCACGCGUUUGGAACAUCCUCACACACAUGUCAUGCAAGCAAAAGUGAUUCAAGAGCUAAACUCCUUUUCGUUCGUUUUCGGUCGCCAGUAAAUUCACUUCCUCGAUCAUAAGUGCAAAACGUGGAAGCCAAAGCAGUUAUUCUAAACACAGUGCGAAUACCGUCUCACCUAGUUCAAAUAGCAAACACAGAAUGCCACAAAGAAACUUGCGUUCAUCUUGCCCUUGAUAGCUUUAUAUUUUCCCCUCUGCUCUUGUAGACGCGAGAAUAAAUAAUAACCGAGAUCAAUUCAGACCGCACUAACACUGAUGUAUACGGUGAAAGAAAAAGCAUAUAUGUAUAUGUCCUUUGACUUAUGACCCCUUAUCUGUCUUCCAAUCUUGAAUUUGCAGUCAAGUAGCUGUUGAGUGGUUACACCUCUCCCGCGGCGACAAAAUUCAGUGCAACGUUCUCGCGCUCAUAUCUCUAGUCAAUCGAGGAACCGCAGCACCUCGACUUGACUCUGUGCGGUCGGAUGGAGGAGUGCGUGUCGCAGGUGAAAAUGACAGACAAGGCUCUCUUUAACUGACUUGCCUUACGGUUAACAAUCUUGAUCAAUUUUCUAUGUACCUUUUUUAUCCGGAAUCCGAUCCUGCUGUUUAAAAGAAACCAACUGCCCUCGCUCCCACCCGCGUAGCGAAUUGGAAUUCACCUCUGCUCCCCAUGUAGUCACAAGCGAGUAGUUCUAUUAUAUUUAAUGUUUUUGUCGGAAAAAAUGUAGUGUUCCGGUUGCGUAUCUAUGUCUAUGACGUGAAAAACUGGUGCGAAUCCAAAUAAGGAGCUCUCAAUUCUAUCGUUUAAAAAUCAGGGAUAUUUUUCAGGUAGAAUUCAAGGCUUUUUCUGAAAAUCUCUCCAGGGAAUGAGCAAACUCUUUCUUCCUACGGGGAACAAAUGCUGUUAAAAUGAUACGCGCGCAUAUCAGAAAAUAUAAAUAUUUAAAACAUACGCUCUAAGAAUCGUGUCCCCCGUUUUUGUCUCUAUUAGUGUUCACUGCCCACCAACUUGAUAUAUCCUGUCUCCCCGAAAGCCACCCCACCAAAACGAAAUUGAGUGUUUUCCGUGGCCAGCGCUAUUUUGGCAUAAAGAAUGUAGAUUCCGUCACAUACAAAAUGCAAUACAAACGUGCAGACAACUAUUAAACAAAAUCAAGCGAGUGUGAAAUAUCCAUACAAAAGGGGACAAACAAAAGAAGCGUCAUUUUAUAACACAGACACACACAGUGAAUGUGGAAUUUUGUUGUUACAAACAGCCAAUAUUUGUGACAAUUGGCCUGCCUUCUUCAAGCUUUAAGCAAUAAUAAUAAAAUAUCCUAGGCGUUCAUAACAAAAAGUAGGGAGCAGGGGAAUUGUACUAUAUGAGAGAGUGAGGUCAUCCCACUUGAGAAAGCAGAGAGUAACACAGAAAUUACGAUAUAUUAUAUCCUUCAGUAGGGAAAGUGACUCUUCCGACAUAUUCAUUGGAAUUCUAUAUCAAUGGUUGCGAAAAUGUUGUAGAUAAGUAUUUGAUUGUUGUGGUAACUAAAAAAGAGUCCUUUGACAGCCUUCUCACUCAUCCUGCUCGUUAGUUGUUACAAAUUUUAAACCAAAAGCACGAAAACCGCAUAUUCAGGCCGGCGAAAACAGUAUUUUGUUUUAAAGGGAAUGAAAUUUUUCGCCUCGUUCGAGUGGGUUGUUAGAAAAAAAUAUUCUAUAUAUCAUUAUUCAGUGUUUUGAAUCAGGAACAUCCUGCUGCUAUUUUUGAAAAUGUUAAUCAAUUGGCUAUUUCAUGCAUCUCAAUUGAAUCAAUUUAUCUCUGUUAUAGGGACAAAAAUUAUAUCCCCCCAUCCCCGUUCCAGUGAAAAUAAUAUUUGCUGUUUGCAUUGCCAGAGUUGUUCACAUGUUCCAAGCAUCCCAAUCAAAAUAAUGUUGUUCAUGAUUAAACGUCGUUUUAAAAGAGUGUAGUGGCGUCUGCGUGACGAAAUAUUACUUUUCUGUCGUGAACGAGUCGUAAAAAAUGUUUCCCGUGGUUAGUUUGAAGCUUGACGCGGCGCGCAAGGGGGACAACAACCACACUCGCGGUCGAGAUACUUUUAGUGGAGUUAUGUUCCAUGUGGAUGCAUGCAUUAUACGUAGCCGAGUUGUCAUAUUGCGUGAGUAUAUGGGCAAAAAAUAAAAACAUAUCUAUAUCCAUCAAAUAAAGAAAGCAACAAAACACUUUGGGAUUUCUCUUAAGGCUGUAACCAAGUGAAAACUGGAAUGUAAAAAGAUUAAAAUGCAAAUAAAAUCAAGUAGUUGAUUAUGUUUGAA